UUGUCUAUGGUCUAAUGGUAGUAGAGUAGGAUUUCUUCAGGUUUCUUCGUUUCGUUGGUUUCGUUGAACGAUGUACUCGUUUCGUUAUUUUGUUUUGUUUUGAGAUUUAAUUUUGGUAUGAUAUGUAUAUUUUAGCGCUAAAACCCUAUGUAUUAACUUACAGUGCUAAAACGUGUUGUUGUUGUUACGUACCUUACCUCAAACGUUUUGUGAUGUCUAAGCAAUAUUAGUGAUAUUUUCCCACAUAAUUAUGGUUAACUGACGUUAGACUGUGCAUCCUCAAUUAUGGCAGACCCAGGUUAUUACCACAGUGAUUAUAUUCGUCAUCCAAUAUUACACGAACUGGGUGUCAAGUAUGGCAUCAAAACUGAGUGUAUUCCAGAAAUAGCACUGCCGUCUAAGCUUGAGGAGCUCAAGGAUGUCAUACGUCGUGAAAUACGUAAAGAACUCAAAAUUAAAGAAGGUGCCGAAAAACUCAGGGAAGUAGCAACGGACCGAAGAUCUCUUUCUGACGUUGCUAAUAUUGUAAAAAAAGCCAAUGCUAAACUCAAUGAACUCAAAUCAGAUCUUCAGGAGUUGGAGUCCCAGUUGCUUCUGUCUCGCGGACAGUCUACGCCUACAUCUCCUGAAGAUUUAUCAUAUGAUGAAGAGAUCAUAUUGGCGUCUGAAGCAGCACAGCAACAAAGGCAGCUUGGGGAAGCUACAACAGAUCGCAAAUUGGCAACUCUUGAAAAACAAUUGAAUAUUGAAUUAAAAGUUAAACAAGGUGCUGAAAAUAUGAUACAGAGUAUCAGCAGCAGUAACCAAUCGAGAGAUAAAAAGUUGCUAGCAGAAGCUCAUCAGAUGCUUGCAGACUCUAAAAAUAAAAUAGAAUAUUUAAAAUUACGAAUAUCUAAAUUAAUAAAACAACAAAAAGGUGAUAUUGCUGGGUCUAAUGGAGAUGGAAGAAAUUCUGAUAUAAGUGGUGUAGAUGCUAUGCUUGAUGAACGAAUUGCUGAACUCAGAAACCGACUUAGAAUAGAAGCAGCGGUUGUUGAAGGUUCAAAGAAUGCCAUACGACUCUUACAAAGUGAUAAGAAGGUAACUGACAAGAAAGCACUCCAAGAAGCACAAACUAACCUUCUUGAAUCGACACAAAAACUUGACUUACUACGUAGAUCUUUGGAUAUGCGUCGUCAAGAACUGCCUUCAGAAAGUACAGCAUUUAUUGAGUUAGGCAAUGAGCUACGUAGUACUGGCUCUAGCCCUGGAUAUAUAAGUCUCUCAGGUGGUGGUGGUUCAAAAUCCCAAUUUUCCAUGCCAGCACCUAUGAUCAGCCCCUGCGUACAAGUUACAGGCACUCUCGAAGUUAGAUUAAUGGGAUGUCAAGACUUAUUGGAAGAUGUACCUGGUCGUAGCCGACGUGAUCCAUUAGCAAGCCCGUCUGAUUUAAAAUCAUUUGUUAAAGGUGUUACUAUCCGAAACUCUAUGAAAUACACAUAUAGCAUCAAGGAAGACACAAGCAAUGAAAUAAUGGCAGUGUUAAAACUGGAUAACCAUUCAGUCGCACAGACUAGCUGGAGGCCAUGUUCUCAACAGGCAUGGGACCAAAGAUUUACUAUCAAACUGGACAAGUCAAGGGAACUAGAAAUUGGAAUUCAUUGGAAGGAUUGGCGUGGUCUCUGUGCUGUUAAAUUUUUAAGAUUAGAAGAAUUUAUUGAUGACAUUCGUCAUGGUAUGGCUCUGGAACUUGAACCACAGGGUCUUUUAUUUGCAGAAAUAAAAUUUUUGAAUCCCAUCAUAUCAAGAAAGCCAAAACUCCAACGUCAAAGAAAAAUUUUCAAACAGCAAGGAAAAAAUAUUCCAAGACCUUCCUAUGGAGAAAUGCAUAUACCAGCUGUUGUACUUGGUAGACUGUUAAAGCGAUCCUCGCCUUCUAUACAAAAUAUACAAACUGCUCAUAUUAACCAACAGCCACAUUUUGAAGCUGGAGCUUUAGACAAUAGAGAUGCUGAAAAUCCACAUGCAACACUUGGUGGGAUGGCUGGUAUUAGACCUUUGGGCUUACCUUCUACUCCCACAACGCCUCAAGUUCCAAUUACACCUCCACCGAAACCUACUCUUCCCCUGCACCCUCCUCCAAAUGUUUCUACAUUAAGAAUGGAAAAAGAGCUUCAAGAAGCUUUUGCUUUUUUAGAAGAUUCUUAUACUAGAGAUAAUUAUGUCACAAAAGAACCUACAACACCAUCGUGUGAUACUCCUUUAGUAGAAUAUCCACCAUCACCAUCACCCAAACUUGUUCUGGAGUUUCCUAGUAAUGAGGACCAAAUUGUAGAAAUAACAAGAGAAAUGCAAAUAUCAUCCUCUCGUUCAUCAUCAUCCAUUAUAGAAACAGUAGGGAAGGAACAAAUAGGGAGAAAACUGUCAAAUGAAAUGUCUAUGAACAGUUUUAGAUUGCUAAGUGUUCUAGGAAGAGGGCAUUUUGGUAAAGUUAUACUAGCUCAGUACAAACCCACUAAUGAAUAUUUUGCAAUAAAAGCAUUAAAAAAAGGUGAUAUUAUAGCCAGAGAUGAAGUUGAUUCUUUAUUAUCUGAAAAGAGAAUUUUUGAGGUAGCUAAUGCCAUCAGACAUCCAUUUUUGGUAAAUCUAUUUGCUUGUUUCCAAACCGAUCAACAUGUCUGUUUUGUAAUGGAAUAUGCAGCUGGAGGUGAUUUAAUGAUGCAUAUACAUGCAGAUGUCUUCACUGAACCAAGAGCAGUGUUUUAUGCAGCUUGUGUAGUGUUAGGUUUACAGUAUUUACAUGAAAAUAACAUUAUUUACAGAGAUUUAAAACUUGACAAUCUUUUGUUAGACACAGAAGGGUAUGUAAAAAUUGCAGAUUUUGGUUUAUGCAAAGAAGGCAUGGGAUGGGGUGACCGUACUGGAACAUUUUGUGGUACACCUGAAUUUCUAGCCCCAGAAGUGUUAACAGAAACAUCUUACACGAGAGCUGUUGACUGGUGGGGCCUUGGUGUCCUCAUAUUUGAAAUGUUAGUUGGUGAAUCGCCUUUCCCAGGAGAAGACGAAGGUGAAGUAUUUGAUUCCAUUGUGAAUGAUGAAGUGCGUUACCCUAGGACUUUGUCACUUGAAGCUAUUGCGUUGAUGCGUCGCUUAUUACGAAAAAAUCCUGAACGACGGCUAGGUUCGUCAGAGAGAGAUGCUGAAGAUGUGAAGAAGCAGGCAUUCUUCCGCAACGUUAAUUGGGAACAGUUACUACUUCGUAAAGUAAAACCACCAUUUGUGCCAACAAUAAACAAUUUAGAAGAUGUGAGUAAUUUUGAUAGCGAGUUUACAUCUGAAGCAGCGGUACUUACACCCCCUAAAGAACCCCGAGCACUUACUGCCACAGAUCAUAAACUUUUUGAUGAUUUCACAUAUAUGGCUGAUUGGUGCUAGGCCUAAAAGACAUGCAAUUUAUAAAAAUUCUCUAAUAAAAACCCCAAUGCCUUACAAGUGUGUAAAAACUGUAUUUUGAUUAUAUCUAAUGUUAUUUCUACUGAAGAGCAUCUUGAUUAGACAGUCUUGUUAACUUGUAUUAAAUGCAGUUGAAUGCAAUAUUUUAUAAUAAAUCAUGUAAUUUAAUACUGUAAGUUUUAAAUAGUGCUAAUGUUUAUUUUUUUAAAACAUCGUGUUAUAGAUUAUUAUAUAUGAUAUAGUUAUGAAAUGAUUAACUUAGAAUGUAACAUUUAAUAAAUAUAACUAAUAUUAAUAUGAGUAAGUGGAAAGCGUGUCAAAACAUUAUUACAGUUUCAGUCAAUUGAUUACUUAUUCAAAAAAUAAAGGUAUUAU